GAAGGUUACCAUCUUGAUCUGAAGCGACUCUUUGGUUGUUUACCUGUCCGUUGUUGCCAGCUCGUUUCAUAGUUCUAACCGGCUAAUAACUAUACAUAAAUACCUUUAAGUGUCCGUGUCUUUCUGACCAUCUGCAUUUACAAAGUGACAACUUAUUGUGACCUUUCUCCGCGGAUCUCGCUCUUGCUCUAACUCGAGGUUAGAGAGUCACGUGGCCGCAGUUCAGAGAUCACCUGGACGAUAAUGGCAAACCCUUUGAAGGCCGAAGUGGUUCGACUCUACAAGAAUCUCCUCUACCUCGGACGGGAAUACCCCAAAGGAGGUGACUAUUUUCGAGACCGCCUGAGAGCAGCGUUUGCCAAAAACAAGUCAGUCCAGGACCCGGAGAAAAUCAAGGCGAUGAUCGCUCGAGGGGAGUUUGUAGCACGAGAGCUGGAGGCGCUGUACUACCUGAGGAAAUACAGAGCCAUGAAGAAACGCUACUACGACGAGUGACAACGCCCUCACAGACUCACAAACAGGAGCAAAAAAGAUCACUUUAUUUGUUUCAGCGCACAACACAGCAGCAGCGUCAACAGGUCACUCCUGCUGAGUCCAUCAGUGCUUAAAAACACAUGUAAAUAAUUAAAGUACUACAAAAAAAAAAGUUGAGUUCUUCCUCAAACACAAAUACUGUCAAAGGGUUGGUGGGACCAGAGCUUCUCCAUCAGCCAGGUUGGCCCUGCAGAUGGGACAGGUGGCGUUGUCCUGUAUGGAGGAGGCCAGAGAUGAACAGUUAGUCCUAAACUAUUUAUCUGCCCCUGCUGGGCUUCAGUUUUCAUUUUUCUUCUCAAAACGAAGAGUUUUUGCUGAAACUCUGAUCAACAACUUAUGUAAAUCAGACGCAAUGUGCACAAACAUGAUCUGUUGCAAGACUGAGCUCAAAGAUAAAAUCCUUUCCUGUUCUUCUUCUCGAAGUUCACUUCUCUUUUCUCUGCAGCCCAGUAUCAUAUUUGAAUCAAACCUCCCAGAAGUUAGUUU